AUGUCUGGGCCUCAUUUUAAUAACGAUGUAAUGGAUCACUUGGAGCAUAUUGACUUUGGGCCAAUUGUGUAUUCCCUCUCUACGGAGAAUAUUGUGCCAUCAAAUUUGAGCGGUUCUUCUCAAGAUGAACAGAAAAAUCGGAUUUCAUUUUACUUUAGUCAUGCUCGUUCUGAAUUGGAGAUCUUACUUGAUGCACUGAAUUCAAACAAAGAGGGCAAGAUGCUGGAAUUUCAGAAAAUACGUCUUCAAAAGCAGCGGAACUUUGUACUCGCCCACAACUUGGCCUUGUCAUAUGGUCUUUUAGCCUCCGUAUUGGCAUCAAAGGCUGUGAAAAACUCCACAUCAGCAGCUUUACACAACAAAUUGAUUGCGACCGCAAAAAGUCUGAUCGCAGACGGCUGGUUUUUUACUCCAUCAAAUAUCUCUUUCACUGGCAAUGAUGCCUUUUUCCUGAUAGAUUAUUCCCAUAUCAAGUGCGGUUCCGAGCAUUCACCCAAUCAUAAGUAUGCUAAGCUUGCAAUUGAUACGCUGUCAAAUGAGGUAGUAUUGAAAGAAAUACCACCCCUCCAUCUUGAAAAUCGCCGGCUCAACAUUAGCAUAACAGACAGCAGCAUGGGCUUACAACAUUCAUUUGAAAGGCAAGUUGAUGGUGGGGAAAUUCCGCCCACAGACAAUCGGGAACUGCCGCCCACAGAAAAUGGGAAAAUAUCGUCAACAGAUUUUAAUACAAAGCUAUUAAGAGCCAGAAGGUAUCUUUUAGACGAGGAGAUUUACACAAGAGUAUUUGAUGGCUUUAAUUGCUAG